AUGGUCAGUAACGACGAUUUAUUCAGAUGCCCUUGCAUGCCAUCAUUGCCAUCAUUGCCAACAUUACCACCACUAAGAUUACCAUCAUUUCCUUCGCUGUCACCACCAUGUGGAGGAAAUCCUUGUGCUCCACCACCUCCUCCUCCGGUGCCAUCAUGUGUACCAGAUCCUUGUGCUCCAAGACCAGCUCCUCCUCCACGUCCACCUCCUCCUCCUCCGCCUCCACCUUGUCCACCUGCUGAUCCUUGUGCUUCGAGAGGAGGAGCGGCUGCAGGCGAAACACGCUACGUACUUCCCGUGAUCCAGGUUCCAGCUCCUGCACGUCCCGCAGUUGCAGCGCCUGCAGGUCCAAUGGUUGCAUCAGCUCCUGUAGCACAGAACACGUAUUCUGUACCUCCAGCAGCUCCAGUGAUUGCGCCGGCUCCAGCAGCACAAUCUUAUGCUGUGCCUGCAUCUCCUGUGGUAGCAUCAGCGCCACAAGCAGCCGGUGGAUACGUCACUGCCCCUCGAAACUGCCCCUGCCUGCCCAUACCACCGGCUCCGGUUAUACCGCCUUGUCAUCCACCUGCACCUCCACCGGAACCGGAACCGGAACCUGUAAGAGCAGUUCCUGCGGAAGCACGUAUAGUCAUCCCUGUGAUGGCAGCUCCACCAGCUCCAGCUCCUGCACCUCAAUAUGUAGCGGCUCCUGUACCUCAAAUAGGAGCAGCGCCUGCACCCCAAAUGGUUGGAGGUGCUCCUUAUGCAGCGGCACCGUCGUAUUCUGCUCCGCCGGCUCCUCCAGUCAGAGGAGUGCCUUUUCCGGCUCCGGCCAAUGUAUAUGUUGUGAACAAUGUCAAUCUGUUAACAUUAUUCCAAGAGCGAUGUCCAUCCUUUCGGGAGGAAAAUUUCAUCGGAAUGGUACAUCUAGCUUUUCGUUGGCAUCAUUUCAGAAGAAUUGUCGGUUUGAUGGGAUUAGUAUCGACAAGAUGCCCAUGCCCAACGACACCAAAACCUCCUCCUCCCAAGCCUGUUUGUUGCCCAGCCCCAACACAAACGGUACAAUUAGUGAUUCCUGUGAUUCCCGUGGCCACUGCUCCUCCACCGCCACCACCUCCAGUAUAUACGUUGGCGUUAAUUCCUGCUGCUCCGAAAGCUGCUGCACCGUGUCCUUGUCCCACGCCAAAACCUCCUCCUCCACCUGAACCAGCCUGCUGCCCAGCUCCAGCGGCUCCAGCGGUUGUUCAAGCACAAUUAGUUGUUCCUGCAGCUCCAGCUCCCCCACCUCCACCUCCUGCACCUGCACCAAUGUAUAUAGCAGUAGUUCCUGCAGCUGCAGGAGCUGCUCGACCAGCAUAUGCUACAAUUGGUUAA